GUUGAACGGAAGCCAGACCGGCCCGCACCUUGAUGCCCGCUCCUAUGGCGGCUUCCACCUUCCCCGUCGCCCCGCUGCACGCGCCGCCGCUGGUGCGCCCCCGGGUCGUCCCUCCUUCCCCCACCUUCGGCUGCUGCUGCCGCUGCUCCGCUCCGCGCGGGGGGCUCACCUUGCGCCCGCAGGCUUGCGCUCCACGCCGCCGCUGCAACCCCGCGAUCCGCCCGGUGAGGUUCUGUGCGGAAGUUGGUUCGGUGUGGCCCGUGGUGCUCACUCGAUCGAUCAGAAGGGGGUUUCAAAAGGGUAUAAGUGUCGCAAGGGUGGAUGACAAUGCUGCUGGUCAAGUCAGUUUAGGUGAUGACAACGAGGAUUUAGACCAUAUCACCAACGAAACCCUUCGUACCACAAUAAGGAAAAGCAAGGAAGUGCUGGCAAGGCACAAGAUCAUAAUGAAUCAGAUAUCAGAAAAGAAGCAGCUCAUCUCAACUAUACUAGACAGUUCCAUUCAUAAUGAGCAAGAGCCACUCAGUGGUCAGAGUGAUGGUUCCUUAUCAAACCUGAAUGCAAUUGCAAAGGGCACAGAGAUUGGUUAUGACCAUCAGACAUACCAUAAUAGGUCUUUACAGCAAUAUGAAUUUGACACCACUUAUGGAGAAUCCAUCUACGAUCAGAACACAUACUAUGAAAGUUCAGAAGACGACGGCACUGAUUUCAGUGAGAAUUAUCAGUAUAAAAGUUUUCCUAGAGCUACUCGUAGUGUGUAUGAACUAGAAGAAGAUAAUGGUAUGAAACAAGGCUAUGUGGUACAACUAAGUCAAGCAAGUGGACAUGAGCAGUCAGUUAACGAGGGAACAAAUGACAAUGCGUCUGAAGUUGAUGUUAUGAAUGUCAUAUUGGUAGCCGCAGAGUGUGCUCCUUGGUCCAAAACAGGUGGGCUUGGGGAUGUUGCUGGAGCUUUGCCUAAGGCUUUGGCCAAGAGAGGUCAUCGUGUCAUGGUAGUAGUUCCAAAAUACGGUGACUAUGAGGAACCACAAGAGAUAGGAGAGCCAAGGAGCUACCACGUUGCAGGGCAGGAUAUGGAAGUAAAGUAUUAUCAUGCAUACAUAGAUGGUGUGGAUUUUGUUUUCAUUGACAAUCCUGUCUUCCACUAUGUUCAAAGUGAAAUUUAUGGUGGGGACCAAACUGACAUCUGGAAACGAAUGGUUUUGUUGUGCAAAGCAGCUGUAGAGGUUCAAUGGUAUGUUCCAUGUGGUGGCUUCUGCUACGGUGAUGGAAAUCUUGUGUUUAUUGCAAAUGAUUGGCAUACUGCACUUCUACCUGUUUAUUUAAAGGCAUACUAUCGUGACAAUGGUUUUAUGCCAUAUGCCCGUUCAGUUCUUGUGAUACACAAUAUAGCACAUCAGGGCCGUGGCCCGAUAGAUGAUUUCAGGUACCUGGAUUUGCCUGGUCAUUACAUGGAUCAGUUCAAACUUUAUGAUCCAUUCGGAGGUGAUCAUCUAAACAUUUUUGCAGCUGGUAUUAGAGCUGCUGAUCGUUUGCUUACCGUUAGUCAUGGUUAUGCAUGGGAGCUCAAAACACCUGAUGGCGGCUGGGGCCUUCAUAGUAUCAUUAAUGAAAACGAUUGGAAAUUCCAGGGUAUUGUAAAUGGUAUUGAUACUGCUGAUUGGAAUCCUAGGCAUGAUGUCCAUCUACAAUCUGAUGGGUACACCAACUAUUCUCUAGAAACCGUUCAGACUGGUAAAGCACAGUGCAAGGAAGCACUACAGAAAGAGCUUGGACUCCCUGUUCGUGGCGAUGUUCCGGUCAUUGCUUUUAUUGGACGGCUGGACCAUCAAAAAGGUGUAGAUCUGAUAGCAGAGGCAAUGCCGUGGAUUGCUGGUCAGGAUGUACAAUUAAUUAUGUUGGGUACUGGAAGACAAGACCUUGAAGAUACAUUGAGGAGGCUUGAGAGCCAGCAUUAUGACAGGGUCCGGGGCUGGGUUGGGUUCUCUGUCCGGUUGGCUCAUCGGAUGACAGCAGGGGCUGAUAUACUAUUGAUGCCAUCAAGGUUUGAGCCAUGUGGGCUGAACCAGCUAUAUGCCAUGAUGUACGGGACUGUUCCUGUAGUUCAUGCUGUUGGUGGUCUCCGCGACACAGUCCAACAUUAUAAUCCCUAUGAGGAGGUUGGAGUUGGAUGGACUUUUGAGAAAGCAGAGGCAAACAGAAUGAUCGAUGCCCUAGGGCACUGCUUGAACACAUACAGAAAUUACUGGAGCAGUUGGGAAGGUAUCCAACGUAGAGGGAUGAUGCAGGACCUAAGCUGGGAUAACGCUGCUAAACUCUACGAGGAAGUUCUUCUUGCCGCCAAAUAUCAGUGGUGACUGUUGUUGAACUGUCCAAGGAACUGUUGAUAUUUGUCAUUCAUAGACCUGAAGGCUUUCUGUCGCAUAGAAGUCACCGACUGUUUCAAUUCUUUUGGUGACUGCUUCACACAGCUGCUGCAUGCUUUGUCCUGAAUUUUGCAGGACGGUGUGCGUCGCAACAGCCAAAUUUUUUUUGUUGUUGCCAGUUCCUAAUAAUCGCAUCAGAUGUGAAUGUGAAUUCUGAGUCUACCUCCUGGACAAACACAGUGGAUGAGGCUUUUGCUGGAAACAGGUUAAUGCUGGAGGAAAGAUUGAGGGGAAGCGUCGUGCACUUUUUGCAAGUGUUUACGAAUUCAUUUGUUCUACAGGGAGAGCUCAUUUAGACGCUUUGGUACAGGAGGGUGGUAGAUAGCAGAGAAACUGAUGCUUUGUAUCUUGAGUAGUUUUGUUGUAUCUCUAAAUUAGGAUACUUGUUACAAUGUUCAGUUCUUCAUAUUUUUUUCCGUGCAUAUCCUGUAGAUGAUUUAGUGUUCCGGUCUUCCGAAUGAUCGUAAAAAAGGGGUUUGCAGGUUGUUGAGAAUAAUAUAUAAUUAUGAAAGGGC